CAGUUGUACUCCUGAACGCAGCUCUCCUGAGCUCCACCGGCGCCGUAGGUCCUUGGUGUUUCGACUGCAAGGACGCCUUCCACCCAGCCAUCUGCCAGGACGUGGUGCAAUGUGGGGAGCACGAGUCAUGCGUCACGGAGAAAAGGUUGAGCAAUAAUGGCGGAGAGUUGUACAGCUCUGGCUGCAAGGCAACAGCUGACUGCAACAACGCCACGGUUGCUGUAAGGGCAAAUCCCCCACCGCUGUGCUCCCAAUGCUGCACGGGGACCCUAUGUAACGAAGGCGGGUGUGGGGCUCCACAGAUCAGAGACCAUGGAAGACUCUUCUGUCUUAAGUGCGGUUUCGUCAAGAAGGCGAGAGACUGCGACCAAGUAGACAUGUGCUCGGUCGACGAAGUCUGCUCCAUGUCGAUAAAGGAACAGUUUGGCUUUGAUUUUCUCGAACUUGACUGUAUGGCGAAGACGUCCUGCCCCCCAGACACGGCAACCCUAGCCGCAGACAAGUCCAUUUGCUGUGACAAUGAUUUGUGCAACUCGAACGAGCUUGGUGUCGACCCUAGCAUCUACACGACCACCCCGGCUCCUCUUCCCGGACCAGCCUCUGCCAGCUUCGAUGACCCUGUGUUUGUGUACAACAUUAGCCAUCAAGUUGACGAGACCAUGGAUCUGACGUGCCGUGUUCGAGGAGGACCCGCCCCGACGGUCACCUGGACAUACAGCAACGGCUCUGUGACUUUGGACAUUACAACUGGAAUCAGACGCGAUCCUAGCGGAGACAGCAUCCUAUCAAUUAAGACACCACAAAAGUCUGACUCUGGAAGCUACACCUGCAAAGCACAAAAUGCAUUAGGUACAGAAAAUGCCGUUCUUAAAGUGAGUGUUCUUUCUCCACCCGCCAUCAAAGGCUCCUUGAACGAAACGCGAGUUGUUAAACCCAAGACCAACGUAAAGCUGCCGUGUGAAGCAGACGAUGCCACCAACGUGACGUGGGUAAUCCCCCCUGACGUGGUCAGCUACAGCAUCGACCAGAACAACACACUCACUCUCUACAACGUGCACGAAGAGAACGAGGCAGUGUACACCUGUGUUGCCCGAAACGCUGAUGGCACGAGGGAAAAACGCUACACACUCAAGGUCAACGAAACCCACGUGCCCUGCACUUGUCCUACGCCAGUUCCUGUGUCCUGCCCGACCCCAGUGCCCGCCAGCUGCCCCCCACCGCCACCCACCUCCUGCCCGCCGUCCAUCUCCCUCAUCCCAACUUCUUCGUUUGCCAAGUCCUCAUUCUACACGCCAGGGAACACAGCCACCACCCUAGGCCCAGCUACGAGCAAACCUACACCACCAGCCUCCGCUUCCACCCCGUAUCCGUCAGGGGGGACCAUCCAGCCGGUUGUACCCAACACGUCCAACCCCCCGGCAAUUUCUACCGCAGCUUCACAGUCGACAAUCUAUCCAAGUACACAAUUUGUUGCACCCAACACAUUUACGAGCAUUCUUGAUCAUAGGUAUUUCGUUUUGCAGUGUCCAGUCACCCCAGGAUAUCCGGUAACCUGGUCUCGCAGAGAACUUGGUUAUGAUCCACUCUCGCCCUACUACACCUGGGACAAUAGUCAAGGUACUUUCUCUAUCAACACAAUGGGCUCCUUUGACCCGAUGUUUACCGGUGUCUAUGAGUGUACGCAAGGAGGGACUCCACAGGGGCAAUUCAACUUAUAUCUUCCACUGACGGCGACAUGCUUCGACACAUUUGGGAGCUUAACAAACACCAAAGGUGCUGUUGUCAGAGCGACGUGUGGAGACUGUGCAGGUGGCUAUCUUCCGAACCCACCAUCGACGUUAACUACAAGAAGUCUUCUUUGUUUCAGUGCGUCAUCCAAAGGGUUGAUUCCGGUGAGCGGAGGCACUAUAACAUAUACGAUAAAGAACAAUGGAGACGUGGAGAUUUUGAAGUAGAGUCAACGAGUAACUUUAAGCUAACGUCAUAUAUAACCAUGGAACGUGCAUUUAUAAUGAUGAUAUGAUUUUCAAGGAGUUAAUAUCUUUUCCUGUGUCUAAAUGCUAUACUUUCAAUAGAACAAGAAUCAUGUUCAGUAUGUUAAGGCUGCGAUGCUUGAGGUAUGGUAGACAUUUGCCCAAGAAGUCGGGUCGACUAGAUCGGAAUGUGCAAUAUUGGUUAUAAUAACACUGGGAAUUUCGAUAGCUCCUGAUCCCAGAAGGCUCCAAGAGCUGUACAAUACAGAAAUAUCUCUCAGCUUACGAAAGGAAGGACAGGAAAUGCUCGUUGUGAGACCAUUUAUCAACAACAACAACAACAACAACAACAACAACAACAACAACAACAACAACAACAACAACAACA